AGUGAGAAGGCAGAGAAGUGGAGACUGUUGGCUGGCAGUUGGAGAGAUUGGAAGGUGGACGUAGGUUUGGUGGCUGGCGGUUAGAUGGAAGGUUAGAGGAGCAGAAAGGUUCAAAAAUCUGCAAAAGUUAGAAGCUGGUGGCUUGUGGACAAAUACAGAGGAAACUUUUCGGCAGUGAAUCUAGUCUUCUGCUGCUUUUGCCACAUCUAAUCUUCUCAUCUGCGUCAUCUCAGAGGGCAUCAGUUCUCCAUCCUUUCAACAGAAGUCCACAUUUCCACUGUGGUUAGAACUGGGUGGCUCUGAUCUUCACCAUGAGGAGUCUAUGUGUGUCUGUAGUUCUGCUGCAGCUCGUUGGCACUAGUUUAUGCCAAUUCCCUCGUCUAUGCGCCAACUCAGAGGGACUGCGAACCAAAGAGUGCUGCCCAGUGUGGGAGGGAGACGGUUCAGCCUGCGGUGCGCUGUCAGGACGUGGUUUCUGCACAGAGGUGCAGGUCUCAGAUGAGCCCCACGGGCCACAGUACCCCCACAGUGGGAUUGAUGACAGAGAGCGCUGGCCUUUAGCUUUCUUCAACCGGACAUGUCGUUGUGCUGGAAACUAUGGAGGUGUUAACUGUGGCGAGUGCAGGUUUGGUUACUGGGGCUCAAACUGUGCUGAGUACAGAGAGUCAGUGCGCAGGAACAUCCUGACCCUGUCGAGUGCAGAGCAGCAGAAGUUCAUCUCGUACCUGAACCUGGCGAAAAACACCAUCAGCCGUGACUAUGUCAUCUCCACAGGAACAAGAGCAGAGAUGGGUGAAAAUGGGGAGAACCCCUUGUUCUCUGACAUCAACACCUACGACCUGUUCGUCUGGAUGCACUACUACGUGUCCAGAGACGCCUUCCUGGGAGGACCGGGGAACGUUUGGAGAGACAUCGACUUUGCCCAUGAAUCUGCAGCAUUUCUGCCCUGGCACAGAGUCUUCCUGCUUCACUGGGAGAACGAGAUAAGGAAGCUGACAGGAGAUUUUAAUUUCACCGUCCCAUACUGGGACUGGAGGGAUGCCCAGUCCUGUGAGGUGUGCACCGACUCUCUGAUGGGUGGACACAGCUCCCUCAAUCCCAACCUCAUCAGCCCUGCAUCUGUCUUCUCCUCAUGGAAAGUGAUCUGCACCCAGCCGGAGGAGUACAACAGCCGAGAGGCGUUGUGUAACGCAACAGGGGAGGGUCCACUGUUGCGUAACCCUGGCAACCAUGAUCCAAAUCGCGUGACGCGACUCCCCACAACAGCUGAUGUGGAUUUCACUGUGGGCCUCCCCGAGUACGAGACGGGACCUAUGGACCGAUUUGCCAACAUGAGCUUUAGAAACGUCCUAGAGGGUUUUGCCAGUCCAGAGACAGGUAUGGCAGUGCCAGGCCAGAGCACCAUGCACAACGCUUUGCAUCUCUUCAUGAACGGCACCAUGUCCUCAGUCCAGGGCUCAGCCAACGACCCCAUCUUUGUGCUGCACCAUGCUUUCAUUGACAGUAUCUUUGAGCGCUGGCUCAGGACCCACCAGCCUCUCCGGAACAGCUACCCACGUACCAAUGCCCCUAUUGGCCACAAUGACGGUUACUACAUGGUUCCCUUCUUCCCUCUCUAUAGAAACGGAGACUAUUUCUUAACCGACAAAGCUUUAGGAUACGAGUAUGCCUACCUGUUGGAUCCUGGCCAGAGGUUUGUUCAGGAGUUCCUGACGCCGUACCUCCAGCAGGCCGAACAGAUCUGGCAGUGGCUCCUGGGAGCCGGGAUUCUUGGAGCUGUGAUAGCGACACUCUUUGCUGUGCUGGUUGUCGUUGCAAGAAGGAAGUGGAAGCGUAACCAGAGGAGGAAGAGGGCGUCGAGCUACGCAGAGAGACAGCCGCUACUGCACAGCAGCUCAGAGGAAGGUUCAUCAUAUCAGACGACUCUGUAACACACCAGAUACUGUACAACAAACAGCUGUAUGUGAAUGUACAAACUGUUGAGGGCACCCAGUAAAUCCAUGAAGCAAUGAAUGAGAUGAACCCUUUCAUUGAUUUCCUACAAUAAAUCUGACAAAUUUUGA